CCUGACGCCUUUCUCCUUCAGACGGGUUCCGGGAAACGCCUCCUCCUGCUAUCGGGGACGGCAAGAGGCUGCUGAGAGAAUCACCAGCCACUCCCUCCGCCAGGCCCAAGCUGCGGGGUUUGUCUCAGUGUCGAAGGGAGAGGGAUUAGCUGACAGAUUUGGGGAGGAGGAGGGGGGGGGGAGGUUACCGUCUGGAACCUCCCCCCAGGGGAGAGUCGUCACCAUGAAGCCCAGUGAGACGGAGAUGCUGAGAGGUGAACUGGUUCAGUUGAAUGUUCCUAUCAUUCAGCAAUCCUUUCACUGGGACUGUGGACUCGCCUGCUCCAGGAUGGUCCUGCAAUAUCUCCAUCCUGUGAGUGACGAGGAAUUCCAGACAGCCUGUUGGAGAUUACAGCUCAGUGAAAGUGUCUGGACAAUAGAUCUGGCUUACCUGAUGCAGCAAUUUGGUGUUAUGCACAGAUUCUGCACACAGACACUGGGAGUUGACAAGGGCUAUCGAUACCAGUCUUUCUAUCGGAAACAUUUCGAGACUGAAGAGGACCGGGUUAAUCAGCUGUUUUCUCAAGCUGAAGCAAAUGGAGUUCAUGUAGAAAAGAGGUCUGUCACCAUUCAGGAGAUCCAGCAGCACCUAGCUAAGGAGCACGUGAUCAUCGUCCUAGUGAAUGCAGUCCUGCUUGUCUGUGACCUCUGUUCAGCUCCAGUCAAGUUCUGUUGCCUCCUGCCCAUUGGACAGAAAUGUUUCUGCAGGAAGCCAGACUAUCAAGGCCAUUUCAUUGUGGUGUGUGGCUACAACAGGAACUCGGGUUGCAUCUUCUACAACAACCCAGCGUAUGCUGACAGAGUCUGCUGCACAACUGUAAGUAACUUCAAUGAGGCCCGCAUGAGCUACGGGACAGAUGAAGACAUUCUGUUUGUUUACAAAGACAGCUGAUUACAGUAUCGCAGUGGAUGGCCCUAACAGCAUGUCAAAACACAUACUACCUAAGGACGUGAGAUGGUGGCAUUGCAAUGCAUUCCUCAAUUUGCACAGUGCGAAUCUGAUUUCUGUCAUAGUACUGCACCUAUUCUCUCUCUUCGUUCCUGAUGGUCGCCGAUUGGACAGAACCCAUAUGUGACUCCUUUCCCUCUACAGAAAGCUUGCUGUGGAGUCUUCCUGGAAAAGUCAGGUUCUGGAGAAAAAUAACUUAUUCCAGCCUGGGAAGAUGGCCGUCCCAUCAGGUUUCCAUUGCCUGCUCAGCUUGAUGCUCACGAACCACUUAGAACUCAACUGGUUUUAAAUACCAGUCAAAACUGUAUGCUCCUAUAUUUUAGGCCUUCCUAUAGAACUGAGGAGAGCUUUAAUUCUUGUAAAUGCUUUGGGUUCAUCUGCCAAAAGUGCUGCUAUGUAAUUCUUUUCUUAGGGGUAGAAGGCGAGCACUAAUGGGUACAAAUGCUCUUGGAAUUCAGUACAGUACAGUCAUUUGUUGGUUGCUUUCUUGCUUUGCAUAGAUGACCUUGAGUCAGGGAGGGUCAAUCCCCUCUAGCUGUGAGGGUCACCAGACUCGACAAGUCCAGCUGAGCCCAUGGGUAGGUUAAAAUGGGAGCUGGGCAUUGAGAAUGUAAAAGCCUUACCCCUCACUUUACAAGGUGGUACAGUCUAGGACCGGCACUGUGCUAGCAGCCCAUAACCUCAUUAGGAACCUGCACUGUAGAACAGUCUAUAGGUUGGUCUCAGUCUCUGACGUGAGAGAGCAGAACCUAGCCAACUGAACCCACCUCUGCCUGGACUGAGACCUCUAUUGAUCUGCCUGUCAAAUAAGAUUAUGCACAAAAUGUUAAAUGGGAAAAUGUUUCUGAAAGCUUUUUAGAAAGAAAUUAUGCUUGGCAAAGAAAUAUCUUUAAUUUUAUAAAGGAAGCUCUGUCACAACCAA